UCCUUCUACAAGGUUCUUUCUGUGUUUCUCUUUACAGAUUCAAUCAUGGAUCUGGUGCUGAAUGUUGCCGACUACUACGUCCUCACCCCGUACGUGUACCCCGCGUCGUGGCCCGAGGACGGGGCCCUGCGGCAGAUCAUCAGCCUGCUGGUGCUGACCAACCUUGGGGCUGCCGUCCUGUACCUGGGCCUGGGAGUCAUCGCCUACUUCUUCGUCUUCGACCACAAUCUGAUGAAACACCCGCACUUCUUGGAGAAUCAAGUCCAGAGGGAGAUCAAAUAUGCAAUGACCUCUCUUCCCUGGAUCAGCAUUCCCACGGUGGCCUUGUUUUUCGCUGAAGUUCGAGGAUACAGCAAACUGUACGACAAUGUCAGCGACUCUCCGCUGGGUUGGCCCGGCCUCUUCCUCAGUAUGAUGUCCUUCCUAUUUUUCACCGACAUGUGUAUCUACUGGAUCCAUCGCUUCCUGCAUCAUAAGCUGAUCUACAAGUUAUUCCACAAGCCGCACCACUUAUGGAAGAUCCCCACUCCCUUCGCCAGCCACGCCUUCCAUCCAGUGGACGGCUUCAUGCAGGGUCUCCCGUACCACAUCUACCCGUUCCUCUUCCCCCUCCACAAGGUGCUCUACCUGGCCCUCUACGUUUUCGUCAACAUCUGGACCAUCUCCAUCCACGACGGGGACUACCGCGUCCCCAGCGGUCUGACGGACGUCAUCAACGGCUCCGCCCACCACACCGACCACCACCUGUUCUUCGACUACAACUACGGACAGUACUUCACUCUGUGGGACCGCCUGGGGGGCUCCUACAGGUACCCCUCCGCUCUGUUGGGGAAGGGUCCUCAUGAUCUGAUCCGGAAACUUCAAGCAGAGGGGAAGUUGGGGGAUGACGGAGUGAAGGCGAACGGGCAGGGGAACGGACACGCUCAGAGAUCUAAGGAGGAGUAAGAGUGGAUCUUUUCUGAAAGUGAUUUUUUAUUUUUGUAAGGACAAUGAACUCUACAGAUCCUCAGCCUGGAAACAUGUCAGAACUUCACUUUAAAUUCUUGCCAAAUAAGCUGAUUUGAGAUGUUACUGUGGGAUAAGAUGAACACACGUCUUACCUUUAGGUGAUGUCAGGAGCAAGCUAUGGAUUUACAUUAAUCAUGCCAAUAGAUACAGAGCACACUGACAUCUGGAUUUUUGCAUUAUUGUCUUGCAGUGCAUAUAUUCUGAGAGCUGGAUGAUUCAGUGAAUUUCUGCUUAUUCCACAGACGAGAUUAGCACACAAACUUUUUUGCAAAUUCAUGCUGGACAGGAAUCAGAUUCGGGCCCUAUAGCCGCUCUAAUGUUCAGCACAGAUUAUGAGGUAAUAUGAGGAUUUACAGAUCCAAUCUUAAAACCUCCUAAAUGACUCGCUGAUUCAUGGAUGCUGCCCAAUUAAUUUAGGAUUCCACACUGGAUGGAUAAUAAUACUUUCUAAGCCUGACCAUAACAGCAAAUAACAAAGUUAGGUAGUUUGUUGAAAGAAAACGAACAGAAUGAAAAUUUCGACAGCAAAUUGUUGUCAGUCUCUUCUUUGUUUGCAUGAAUUUGGUUCGGAUGGAAGGCAUUUUUUAUACUCGUAUUUUUGUUAAUCAACUUCUCAUAAUUACGGUAAGCCUUGGGAAUGUGUUCACCAAGGAUCAGUUUCAUGUAAAUCUUGGAUAAAACUUUGUCACUUAAAUGUGAAAUGUAAAAAUGUGUAAAAACCCAAAUGUGAAAAACCCCACUGUUAUUAACAAUCUGGAGGUUUCCUCACAGGACAAGGUGAAAGAGGACUGUAGUUUACUUCCAGAUGCUCAGCGUUGCUUCCUCAGGCAGAGAUCUUGUGGCCUCUUGGUGCAGGUUAGAAGUUAAAAGGUUACUAAGAGGAAAAUGUUUUGCAGCUAACAGCAUCCAGUGGAUGAUGACAUGUAAGCAUCGGCCAUAAACAAGCGACAUUUUUCAUCCAUUUUUAAUCAGGUCAGUCAUUUAAUAGCUGCAGAUUUUUAUCAUUAAAAGCUGUAGUCAGGGUGCAGGUGGAGUAGUGUACUAUCUCUAAAGUAAAGGUGUAAAAAAGCCCCCAAAUAAACCUUAAAAAAACAAAAGCUGUAGUCAACAUUAAGUGUCACAAACACUAAAAUCAUGAAUUGUGAGUCAGACUUAGAGGAUAAAACUCUACAAGUGCUGUAAUUGUUUCCUGGAAAAUGACUCUUGAAUACUUUGCUCUUCUUGAACUCUUAAACUCAAAUCAGUCUAGUCAACAGCGAGAAAUCUGAUUGGUGAACUAAACUUGGUGCCACUAAUGGAGACAAAAACUUGCUAUGAUUGGGCGACAAAUGUAUCAUUUUAAGCUAAGAAAAUGUGAUGAGAAAACUUUGUUGGUUUGUUUGUUUGUUACACCUUCUCCAAGCAUUGUUCAUGUACACUAAUGCUAAUUACAAGGCCCCGAUCAUAAUUACAGAACAGAUGUUAGCGGUGCAGGAAUCAGUGAUCUGGGAAAUGCUGGAGUUAAUUCCAUUAACUUUAGUGUUUUGUAGUUUCUUAUCAAAGUUUUCCAGUGGGUGAACAUGGAUGCAAACGGAGGAAGAUAACAUUAUUUAGCUACAUUUUAAUUACACGCUUCAUGUUUUCUUUCUUUCGAUUGAAAAGUUUGCAUUAUUAACAGUUUGAGAACUUUAAAAAAACCCUCUGCUAUCACUGUUCUUGAACAGAAAGAGCACUUAGAUGAUGAAAAUAAAUGAUUCAUCCAUUUUAAAA